CUGGCCGCGCCGCCGUACCUGUGCCCGCGUGUAGCUGGAGGAGAAUGUGCAGGGCGAAGGGCCGGGCAAGCGCGUGUUUCGUAUUGCCUGCUGCCGCCUGAGUGAUGGCUGCUCUUCUCAAGCGGUUGAUACUGCAAACCGUGAAAUCUGAAAAUAAUUGCAUUAGAAGAUGCUUUGGUGAACACUUGAUGCAAAAGACAGACCCAGCACAGUUGUCCCUGAUUGCUUCUGCCCCAAGACCAUCCUACCUACCUCACGCAAAAGCUUUUAGUACCGCUGAAGACACUCAGGCUGAGAGAAAAAAGACAAAAAAGAACGAAACUAGUUUUAGUAAUGUUGGAAGAAAAAUUAAGGAGCGAAUCAUCCACGUCCUUGAUGAGAAGGGCAAUGACUUGGGAAACAUGCACCGAGCCGAUGUCAUCAGGCUCAUGGACGAGCGAGACCUGAGGCUGGUACAGAGGGACGCCCACGCCGAGCCCCCCGAGUACCAGCUCAUGACGGGCCUCCAGAUCCACAAGGAACGCCUGCGGCUCCGCGAGAUGGAAAAGGCUCAGCCCAAAGCUGGACCAAUCCUGACAAAAGAGCUGACUUUCUCUUCAAAUAUUGGACAACAUGAUUUGGACACAAAGAAUAAACAGAUUCAGCAGUGGAUUGAGAAAAAAUACCAAGUUCAAAUUACUAUAAAGAAGGGGAAAAAUGCAGAUGAGCCAGAAAACAAAACGGAGGAGCUAUUUAAUCAAAUACUCCAGACAAUGCCUGGAAUAGCCACCUUCAAAUCCAAGCCACAAGCUGUUAAAGGAGGAAAAGCUGUAAUGUGUGUUCUUCGUCAUUUGAGCAAAAAGGAAGAGAAUACAUAUAAAGAAUCUCAAGGGACCCAGAAAAGAGACACUUUGCACAAAGAAAGUAGAAGUGACAGGGAAUCAAAUGAUCCACAUCAGUGACUAAUAAAGAAAAUAUGCUUGGUGUGAAAAUAA